ACUAAGUCAAUACAUCUUGUUUUMCUUUGACUAUUUUUUCUUUCAUCUUUGCGCUCAUAAAAUUGGAAUUCAUAGUAAAAAUAACGAUAUAACGUGAGUACUGAUUACAAAACGAGUAUAAUCUCUUUCCUUUUUUAUCUUUUGGCAUGGAUUCUACCAAGACAUCGUCUCCGGGACCUGUCAACCCAAGACAAUUAAACCAAAUACAAGGAAAGAUAUCAGGUAGAUCAUCACCAUCACCAGGAGAGUCAUUGACAUCAAGUAAUGAACCAUUUACUGAGUAUAAAGUCAGAGUACCAAGGAAUUUAGCCAAGAAAUACUACAUGAUGCGCUUUCAAUCAGGGUCAAAGCCUGAUCUAUCCAACUUAACAAAGGUAUCCAUGAGUAGACCUACUGCUUCAACUCAGGAAAAAGAAGAAGACUCCAUGCCAAAAAGUGGAGCAGGCAGUGAAUAUGGAAGAGAAAGAAGAGAAGAAGCAAGGAAGAGACGAAGAGGAUAUGGAAAGAAAGUGGAAGAUCCUGAUGCAGCUCCUUGGAACCUUAAAAUUGGUGGGAAAGGAGGAAAGAGGUACUCUGGAAGGAAGGAAGCAGGGAUCAAUGAGAAUUCAAACUAUUACAUCUUGACUCAGUGCCCUGAUGGAGCGUUUGAAGCAGUUCCUGUGACUUCAUGGUACAACUUCACUCCAAAUAUAAAUUAUAGAACAUUAACAACAGAUGAAGCUGAAGAAGAAUUCCUCAGGCGUGACAAGACUGUUAACUACUUUUCCUUAAUGGUCAAGAAGAGGCUUCAGAAUAAUGAUGAUGAGGAAGAAUUGGAGAAGGAAAAAGGGGGAAUCAAAGUACCAAGCAAUAUGAAAAUUCUUGAUGAUGAAGAUUUAAAAAUGUCCAAUUCUGAUGAUGACGAUGAUGAGGAUGAUGAUAAACCAGUCAGAGACAAAAUAUUCAAUGCUCAAGGUAAAGAAAUCAAGAAAAUGAAUAGGAGCAAGAAGAAAGGCGAAGCAAAGCAAAAGAAAGGGGGUACAGAUGAAGAAAGUGACGCAUCGUCUGAAGAAGAUGGAUAUUUUGAUUCUAAGGAAGUUGAUUACAUGUCAGACUCAUCAUCGUCAUCAGAAGAUAUCAAGGUCGACAUUUCCAAACCCGAUACAAAAGAUGACCUGAAUGCCGAAUCGAGCGAAAGCGAGGAAGAUGACGAGCUUACGAAUGCUGGAAAAGAUAUUAAAAAGAUGUUACAAAAGGACCGAGGGGAGGGGGGGUCAUCAGAAGAAGAAGACGAGGAUCCUGAAGGUGAUGACGUUAAGGGUACUUCUGCACUGUUCCUGCAAGAAAAAAAGAAAGGCAAAAAGAAGAAUGGAAGCAGAUCAAGUACCUCGUCCAGCAGUAGAUCGUCAACACCAACUGCAGGAUUAGAAAACCAGCCCGCCGUGUCUACUGUUGCUGCUGCAGCUAAGAAACUGGAAGGCAGACCUGCAACCCCUACUGGUAAAGGUAAGAAGCGACCUGCAUCAGAGCCUGCCAAAACAGGAUUUGUUUCCAUUAGUGAUAGCCCCUCGUCCAAGAAAGCUCGCGUUUCGCCUGGGCCGAGUUCGCUGUCUGGAUCAGCCUGUAAUACACCGACACCCGCUGACAACGGCAACUCAAUAACCGAAGAUUCAGUUCGCAGAUACCUCGCACGCAAGCCAAUGACAACCAAGGAUUUACUACAAAAGUUCAACCCUAAGAAAACCGGGUUGACUAAUGAGCAAACGAUACAACUGAUAGCUACAAUAUUAAAAAAGAUACAGCCCGAACAAAAGACCAUUAAGGGGAAACUUUAUCUAUCGCUCAAGUCUUCGUACAGUUAUGUCUAACUCUACCAAGGACGCCAACUGAACGAAGCCAUUGUCUGGUUUGAGACCUCCUUGUCUUCUUAUCUAAGAUUUCUAAAAUAAUGAAAUUAGUUUAGCUUUACUAAAGGAAGACAAUUUCGAAUGUUGACUAGAUGCUUGAAUAUGUUGUUACAAGAUAUGAAGAGGUUUUUACAAACCAUUAAAACGUACGGACAACUGCUAACUCCCCGUCGAACGCACUGUCAUCCGACUUAGAAAAACUCCCCCUCUUCUAGUAUACGGAAACUCGUAUUAUGAAGCGUUAAAUCCAAUCUAAUUCUUUCUACUGUUUCGCCACAAUACCAAAUCAAAUUGCCUUUGGUGAACUCGUGGAUACUACCCUGUGCCUUUUCUAUCUGUGCAUUUUGUUGACUUGUUGAGUACUUUCUGACCUUUCUUUAUGAAUAAAUUCCUCCAAAAGAGAAA